AUGUACAGAGGGGGACGCUGGCGGGUGCUCUUCUUCGGCACCGACGACUUCGCCGCCGAGUCGCUGAGGGCGCUGGACGCCGCCAGGGAGCCCGACCAGGAGGCGCUGGGGGGCAGCCUGGAGGUCGUGACCCUGCCGUCGUCCUCCACGAGGAGCCUUCCCGUGGAAACCUGCGCGGCGCAGCGCGGGCUGCCGCUCCACCACUGGCCGCGCGUGGGCCCCUGCGGCUGCUUCGACGUCGGGGUGGUGGCGUCGUUCGGGCGCCUCCUCAGCGAGGACCUCAUCCGGCAGUUCCCAUAUGGCGUGUUGAAUGUGCAUCCCAGCUGUCUCCCACGGUGGCGUGGCCCUGCUCCAGUAAUCCACACAGUGCUUCAUGGUGAUACAGUAACUGGAGUGACAAUUAUGCAGAUUAGACCCAAAAGGUUUGAUGUUGGUCCAAUUAUUAAGCAAGAAAAGAUUGCUGUUCCUCCCCACUGCACAGCAAAGGAGCUAGAAGCAAUAUUAUCAAAACUGGGUGCUAACUUGCUUCUUUCCGUUUUGAAAAACUUGCCUGAAAGUUUAGAAAAUAAAAGGGAGCAACCGCAGGAGGGAGUCACGUUUGCUCCUAAGAUCACUGCUGCCGUGAGUUGUAUAAAAUGGGAAGAACAAACUCCUGAGCAGAUACUGCGACUACACCGUGCCAUAGGAGCUAAAUUCCCGUUGCAGACACUCUGGGAGGGUAGUCCUGUUAGACUUCUGGAUUUUGUGGAGGUGCAUAACAACCCUGACUUUGCUGAUCAUUUAUUAAAUGAAGACAGAACAGUUCCAGGCUUUGUGUUAUACCACAAACCUUCCCAGACAUUGGUGGUUCGUUGCAAGGAAGGCUGGGUUGGAGUCAAAACUGUCAUAAAGAACAAGAGGCUUAUAGCUGUUGACUUCUAUAAUGGAUACUUACACCCAUGGUUCCAUCGGAAUUCAAAACUGCUUCUUGAGGAUUGCAGAUUUCAAACGCUCAAGCUUAACACAACAAAGAAAGCUUCAAAAAGAAAGGAAAUGGUGGUGAACGCUAUAACACACUAACAGCAUGAAAACUGUUGAGCAGGGCACCUGUAAAUUAAUAGAGACAUUAAAUAUUUUAUUUCAUUAUUAUAAGUGAAGCUGAAUAGCUGAUCUUGGUAGCAGUGAAGAUUUCCUCGAAACUGUUUUCCAAAGUACUGCUUCCUUGAGAGAAGAAACGUAAGUCUGUAAAUGGUGAAGACUAUGAAUUGAUCUUUUUAUUUACUUUCGGACAAUAAAUUAUUUUUAUAUAUAAUUUUUAAAGUUGAAGUUUGGGGUUUUUAGCGUGACUUCAAAGGGUAAAUCAGUGUUUGGUUAAUUUCACCUUUUUGAGAUACUUGGAGCAGAUUUUUCCAUUAAAUCACACAGGAAACGGUGUUGAAAUACUCCUCCAGUUGCAACAUCCUGUUUCUAUGAAACACCAAUUUUGUAAUAUUUCUUUAGCGGGACAUUUGCUAGCAAAUUCUGUACAUGACCAUUCUCUUGAAAUUGUUAGUAUGAUCCUCCAUUAUCUAAAACUAGCGAAUUGUCUGUCAAGAAUGACACAUGAAUUUCAGUAACAAAAACAAACAGGUUUUACUUUUCAUAUUUAUUAAAUAAAUUAAAUAUUUAUAGAUCUUAAACAAAAUAGGCUGAACAUUUGAAGAUACCAAUCCCUUCCUGCACUUGGUCUCGUCCAGCAGGCGCAGCUGCUACCUGUGCACCUCUUUGCUGGGCAAGAGCAAGGGCAGGCAAGCUCCUCGCAGCAGCCGCCUAUGCCCCAGGGCUUCCUCCAUGCUGCCCCCGGGCGCCUCCUGCCCUGCUUAGAGCUCGGGAUAGGGCAGCCUCUGCUCACCCAUUGCCUCACACCUCUGCCCUCCCCACUGCGCUGAGCUGCCGGUGUCCUCCUGGGAGGAGCUCAGUAGAAACAGCCCUGGCUCCUGACUUUUUUGUCUCAGUUCUGGAAGUUGGGAUCAUACUGGCAUGGUCACUAAACAAAUGCUAAAGUUUUGGGUUGGUCUAAUAAAAGAUAUCAAAUUCACCCAAGGAACCUUGUCUGCCUAUGUCCUCAGACCAACACAGCUACAACCUACACCCCUGCAAAGUUUAGCAAAGACAUUUAUGUGAAGACACAAAUAUUCUCUCUUACAGUUUUCAAGCUAUUCAUAUUUAAAGAGCGUUACGCACAGACAGACACACAGACAGACAGACUAAGCCCUUUAGAUAAAUAGAUAGAUGGAUAGAUCAGCCUUCAGAUAUAGCAAAAACUGGAUAGUACCUAGAGCAGUGUUUCUCAACCUUUUUAGAUUCGAGGCACCCUUUGGAAUAUGUCAGCUCUUAGUUUUCACUCUUUUUCAGUAGACAAAAAAAAAUAGAGCAAUCUUUCUGUUGCAAAGAACUCAGAAAGGGCACAGCCGUUGAUUUAUUUUUGAAGUCUCUGAGUUUAUCUUGUGAAUCAUGUUUGUAAACCUAACAGUACUAACCAGUGCUGGGGCACCCUAGUUGAGAAUCACUGACCUAGAGGUUAAGGCCAGAAGAAAGCAUUAGAUCAUCUAGUCUUUCCCCUUAUGACCCUUAAACUCUAGUCUGUUAUCCCUGUCUUGAGCCCACUAACUUGUAUUUGGCUAGGAAAUCAUCAAAAAAAUGCCUAGCCUUUUGAAGCCGUGUAAAAAUGGUGAAACCCACUCCCAAGUGCUAUCAUAGGUGAAGCUGUUUAAUCUUUGGAAAAGGUCAAACUUCAUGCCUUAUUUCUAGUUUGAGUUCCAGCCACUCGUUCUUCUUUAAAUCUUAUUCAUUAAAGAGUCUGUUAACACCCAGGAUCUCUUUCUACCUCCUACUCCCUUCCCCUGGAGAAGUUUAAAUCCUCUGAGUCUAACCAGGUCAUCCCUUGAUCAUCUCUUUCUCAAGCUAGGGUCCCUUGCAUCUUUUCAUUGUAAAGCACUUUUCCCAGCCUGUGGAUCACUUUUCUGUUGCUCUUUUGUACCCUCUUCAAAUCUUCCAAGUUCUUUUUGCAAUGUGGAUACUAGGGGUUUGCGAAUUGGGCCCUAUUUGAUUCGGGUUCAGAUUCAGCCUGAAUUGGGGACAGUGAUUCGAUUCAUUGAUUCAGUUCACUGUUCCCAGUUCAACUUGGCCGAAUCCAAAUCUGAACAUUCGAUGCUGAUUCAGAGAAUCGGCAAUUUGGACGUAGACACAGCUUUAAAUGCUUUUUCUACGUGCCUCGAGGUAGCAUGUGCAGCUCGUGAUCACUGCGAUGCUGGGGUGCGUGGAGUGUCCCAUAGGGACGGUACUUUCGGUACGCUUCUGGAUCUGCUGGGGAGUGCAUGGGGCUUCUUCCCCCUCCACCCCCCGUCCGCACCCCCCAGCUCGGCAAUCGGCCACGGGGCAAUCCCAAGUGCACCCCAGGCCCAGGAGGCACCAGUUGGCAAGCUGGGGGGGCAUGAGGGGGCCCCCCAGUGUGCUCUCCGGCAGACCCGGAAGUGGACUGGAAGUGUUUCUGAUCCAUUUUGGGGUCUGCUGCUGAGCGCACUGGGGAGCCCCCCAUGCUUCUAUGGGACAGUCAUGCCACCUAUGCUUCUGUAGGACACUCCAUGCACCUCAGCAUCGCAGCACCCAUGACCCACCUGUU